UUGUGGACAAGUGUGCUAAAAUUUUUAUUAUUUUUUGUUCUUACAGGUCCGUGUGAAGAUGCAGUGGAAGUGCAGAUACUGAUUCUUUGAGAGCUUUGGAGUGGACAAGUUCUGCAGGUUCUGCAUGGCAACGAUGAGUGAGAUCCAAGACAAGGAGAUGGCAGCACACCAGAAGAUGACCUUGAGAGUAAUUUUCACAGAGACGGAUAUAAGAAAGGUUGUUCUGAAUACGAGACCUACUACAGUGGAGGAUUUGAUAGGCAAGCUUAAAGAAUCACUGGGACUUAAUUUCAACUUCAGUCUCCAGUACCAAGAUCCUGAAUUCAAUUAUGAAGUGUGCAAUCUGACAGAUAUCGAAGAUCUUCCUGAAAAACCAACAGUCAAGGUCAUCCCUCUACUUGAGUUGGUAUCUGUCUCAACAUCUGAAGAAAUCUUGAGUGGCACACCCAGUGUAGCAGAUACAGAGAUCCUCUCUACAUCCUCGCAGGAGCGACAGAAACAGUGGCCAGAUUGUUUUGAUUUUCCUGUUGAUGUAGCAUAUAGACUUAGGCAAGCAGAUCUUCAGUUUCUUCGUGAUGGUACGCACCUGAAAGUAACAAAAGAGCUGAAACAUGAGAUUCUUGAAAGAUUGGCAGAGAGCAUGUAUAGUUACACAGCAUACCCAAAUAAUGCUCAGUUUGAAAGUGUUGCACAAGCCCUCAUAAGCAAGCACCCCUCUCUCCAGGAGCGAGGCUCAACCAGUCGCUGUAGUGGCUGGAAAAAUAGUCUAAAAUUUCAAAUGGCUAAUUACAGAACAAAGCGCAGAAGAUCAGGGUGCCUUGAUGUAGCAGUAAAUGCAGGGAAACGAGGAGGGCAUUCAACUGAAGGAGAACCAGCCAACAAGAACAUCAAGAAGGCAAAGAAAGGCGAGAUCAACUUCUUACCCAACUUUCCAGAGGGAUUUAAUCAGGUAGCCCGCAAAGACUUGGUUAAUGAAAUGCAGAAGAGAACACCAAAUGGACAGCUUGUGAAAGAGAAGAUGGAUCUGACAUUUGCAUUGAGAAGAAAAGAGGUGGUGGGGUCAGAACCUGCCGUAUGUGAGAUGGUGGAACGUUGGCCUGCUCUUUUCACAGAAGAUCAGGUAUGCAUGGAGUUCAACAGGAUUGUUGGCAAGAAUCUCAAACAGGAAUUCUAUGAGAGCGUUGAUCGGCACAGUCCUCGUCUUAUCGAGAUUUUUCGAUCCAAGAGAGGGAACAUUGGCCAAAUGUUGACACAGCUUUCCCAACAAACAAUGACUGCAGAGCCAACUGAUAUUCAAACACUGGUGCUCAGAGGACUUCCUGUUAUCCUUGGUGACAACCCCACAGACUUGUACAAACCAGCCUUUGCCUCAGAUGAUGAUGACUCCUUCUGCAACAUUGACAUUGGGAUCCUCCUCAUUCAACCUGAAGGUGCUGUGCCCUCAUCCUCCCUGCAUCUCAGUCCAGCCUCACUAAACAUCAUCAUUGAGGGAGAAGUGGUGAUGGACAACAUUCAAGACCUGCCAAAAGCUGUGUGUCUUCUCUUUGGACUUGCAUAUGCAAUGCAUCUCAGUUACCCCAUUUCUAUGAAGUUCACGUUCCAGUUCAUCCAGCAGGUAUUUCUUGAGCUGGGCCACGUUGAACUAAAACCAAAGUUACAAACAUUGAAAAACCAGCUUGCGAUGUAAAGAAAUGUCUUGUGUGUUGUUGUCAGUGAACAGUCAGGGGGUUGAAAAUAUACUCGAGCAACUUUAUCAACUCCAUCUGCAUUAUCUAAUGCAGUUCAGUGCAGCAGUACUGCCUCAACUUUUAUUUCUUAAGAAAGUUUGUAAUGUUCAGUUUACAGUGUUAUAAGAGACAUCAGUGUCAGGCCACUUGUACUCUACAAAACAGGAUUUAGACGUGUAUGCUCAGGGCUCCAUAGUAAUAUUUAGUUGAUACAGUUAAAGGAAAAUUCAGCACUUUUCAUAUAAAUGUCCAGUUUGUGUUGAUGGUAAAUGUAGUCAUUUGAAGCAGUAAAUUCAAAA